AUGAAGUCCAACCCCCCAGGCUCCUCCCCAGAUGCCUGCAAAGCUGUAGGCCAGGCGCCACAGCAGAAGACUCAAGCCAAACCCACAAAGGCUGCCAGGCAGAAGGUUCUGGUGACUGGAGGAGGAGGCUACCUGGGCUUCAGCCUGGGAUCCCACCUGGCCAAGACCGGCACUUCCGUCAUUCUGCUUGACCGCCGCAGACCACAAUGGGAACUGUCCCCGGAAACCAAGUUCAUCCAGGCUGACGUCCGAGAUGAAGAAGCCCUGUACCGUGCCUUCGAAGGGGUGGACUGUGUCUUCCACGUGGCUUCCUAUGGAAUGUCCGGGGCUGAGAAGCUGCAGAAAGAGCAGAUUGAGUCUAUAAAUGUCGGAGGCACCAAACUAGUGAUUGAUGUCUGUGUUCGCCGGCGGGUUCCAAGGCUCAUCUAUACCAGCACCGUCAACGUUGCAUUUGGUGGGAAGCCCAUAGAGCAGGGCGAUGAGGACUCCGUGCCGUAUUUCCCACUGGACGAGCACAUAGACCACUACUCCCGAACCAAAGCCAUCGCCGACCAAUUGACCCUCAUGGCCAAUGGGACGCCUCUCCCAGGAGGAGGCACUCUUCGGACGUGUGUGCUCCGGCCUCCAGGGAUCUACGGCCCUGAAGAGCAGAGGCACCUGCCCCGUGUGGCGGGCCACAUCAAGAAGAGGCUGUUCAUGUUCCGAUUUGGGGACCGCAAGGCACGGAUGAACUGGGUCCACGUACACAAUCUGGUGCAGGCACACAUGCUGGCGUCUGAGGCCCUCACCGCGGCCAAGGGCUACGUGGCUAGUGGGCAGGCGUACUACAUCAACGAUGGGGAAAGCGUCAACCUCUUUGAGUGGAUGGCCCCGCUGGGAACACAUGCAGGGCAACUUCUCAUGCACAGCAUUGCCACAGUGAUUGGGACUCCUGGCCCUGAGCCACGGCCAAUGGCACUUGGAGAGGAUUGCCCCUGGUCACUGGCCCCCUCCUUCCCUGCAGCAGCAGUGAUGGAGCGCCUGCAUCUGGCCCUGAGACCCAUCUGCAGCCUCCCACCGCUGCUCACUCGGAGUGAGGUGCGCAGCGUGGCCGUGACGCACACCUUCCAGAUAGCCAAGGCCCGCGCCCAGCUCGGCUACGCGCCGGACAAGUUUAGGUUCGCCGACGCCGUGGAGCUAUACGUGCAGUCCACGACCUGGCGGCCCCGCGGCUCCACAGCGCGGACCCUCCUGCGGCUGUUGCUCGGGCUGCUGCUGUUCCUCGGCUUGCUCGCCCUGGCCCUGCACUUCCUAGGCCUGCAGCCUCUGCACGCCGCCGUGGAGCGCCUGUGACCGUCUGCCGCCCGCCAGGGUCGGCCCUGCUGCACCCUCGCCCACGCCCGGCUCCCUGGGCUUGUACCCCAACCCCUGCCCAGCCUUCUGGGUUUGAGCACGCCUCCGCUCCGCCCCUUAAAUCCUGGUCACGCCCCUGAGCCGCCCUCCAGACCUAGCCCCGACCCCCCGAGCUCUGGCCACGCCCCUGACUACUCCCAGACUUUGCCUUGCGCCCUUCCUGUGGUUUG